ACGAAGACAAUAACAAGAGCAUGGAAAAAAGACAUGCAAAUCACAACAGCAUCAUUCAGUUUAAGAGCCCGAAGAUGGAACACUAAUUCCGAAACGCGUUGCCAUAUUUAUAAUAAAAAAUUGUGUAAUAAAAUAAGACUGAGUUAUUAAAAAUAACCAAUUUUAAUUAUUUAAUUUAUUGUUUUUAUUUUAUUUAUUAAAAAUAACCAAUUAAAAUGUUGAUUUAUUUGUUCGUUCUUCGUUCGAACUUUGGAAUUUGGUUUGGUGUCUAACCAAACCUAAGCUGAAAAACAGGAAUCACCACUUUUUAAACAUAAAUAUUUACACUGCUUCUGUUGUGGGAACGAGACGUUUUUAUUGUACAAUUUGUAUUGUUGGCUCUUAGUCAAGAAUUUCCUGAGUAUAUUGAUUGUAAGAAAGCUAAGAUGAGUCUAUCCGAAAUUUCCAAGUUCUUUACUGAAAAAUCUCUGGAUGAGAUUAUUAUGAAAGCUGGAGGAACAAAGCAUACUUCUUUCAAGUUUGGCAAAGGUUUUAAAAAGGGCGACUCCUACUUGAGCAAGGUGUUCCGACUGUGUGUUUAUGGAGAACAUGAAACUCUAAAAACAAAACAAGAAGUUAAUUUGAUUAUAAAAUCUAUGCCUGACAACUUAGCCCGUAAAAAACUUUUUCGAUCGGCUGACUUCUUUCGUAAUGAAAUCUAUUACUAUACUAAGGUUAUUCCAGCUUUGGAACAGUUUCAAAAGAGCAAAAAUCCUUUAAAUCCCUUUACCGAAUAUCCAAAGUGUUAUUUAUGUCAUUGUGAUGGAGAAAACGAUUUCAUUGCAUUGGAAGAUGUUAGUUUUCUUGGAUAUGGUAGUCCGAACAGGCAAGAUUAUAUCUCCAUCGAACAAUGCAGGAUAACAAUGCAAACUAUGGGACGUCUUCAUGGGAUUGGUUUAGCAUUCGCUGAUCAAGAACCAAAAGCAUUCUCAGAAACUGUGGGAAAAUUGGAAGAGACUUAUUUUAGUGAGAGGUUACGCAGUUGGUAUAUGGGUUUCAUGCGGCUUGCAAUGACUGCGGCCAAAGAUGCCGUUUCAAAAACUUAUCCUGGAACUAAAUAUGAAACAAUUGUCAAUAAUUACCUUCAGGAAUCCCUAUAUUCUGAUCAAAUUAAGAUUGUUGGAACAAGAGGUAAAUUCUCAAGUAUUUGUCACGGUGAUUGUUGGACUCCCAACUUCCUUACAAAAUACCGAGAAGAUGGAUCCCCAGAGGCUGUCAAAGUUAUUGAUUACCAAAUAACAAGAUGUGCUUCGAUUGCAUUGGACAUUGUGUUUUUCAUUUAUUCUUGUACAAGUCAAGAAUUAAGAGAAAAACAUUAUUUAUCAUUAUUAAAGGAUUACCACGACAGUGCAUGUGCCUUAAUUAAAGAUCUCGGUUCAAAUCCAGAUAAGGUUCUUACUUUUGAAGAACUAUUAGCAGAGUUAAAAGCAUUUGGACGCUUUGGUUGUGGCAUGGGAAUUGAAUCUUUAUCCCUGGCAUUGAUUGAGGAUGAUGAAGUGGCCGAUCUGGAUGCGAUUCAGGAAAAUACCAUUCUAACUGAUGUUUGGAACAUCACUCCAUUUAAAGAAGAAGCGAAGAGGAAGAGAAUAGCUGAUAUAUUUAAGCACGGUAUUGACCAAGAAUAUUUACAAUGAUAUUAAUUAAGUUAAAGUAACAAGUACAAAUUUUGUAAUAUUUCAUACGUAAAUUGGAAUUAUUUCAAUACCUAAUGUGACUUUGUUCCUUUACUUUAUUAUAUACAUAAAUGUAAUUGUAUCUUGCUUAAAAUGUUACUUUAAUAAUUUCUGUAUUUUAUAUUUUUAGUAUUGUAUUAUUUCAAUUAAGUGUAGAGACUCAAAAUUAUAAAAAAAAAAUGACAAACAA